AUGCAAGAAAUAUGCAACACCGCCGCGCUGCCCCUCGACAGUAAUCCAUUGGUGCGCAAGAUAAAAUGCGAAGAGUUUCCUGUCAGAGGAAAACAAUCAACGCGAAUUGGUAUGGGGGUUCGAGAUGAAAUGGAAGAAGAUUUCGCAGUGAAGACGAGAAACACACCGCCAAUAGGACUCGCGCCGGGGCAAGAACAUCCGCGCAUGGAACAUGGCGGUAACGGCUUCUGGCUUGCAGCAGUCACAGCGGCUGGGGGACCCCACCCUAUGCUCGAGACCUGCACGGAGACCGGCUUUAUCAACAGUCAACCAUCGAUGGCAGAGUUCAUGACGGCACUCCCACAAUUGGGUGGUGGUGAACUGAGUCCGCAACACACACCUCCUGGGUAUGCUCCUGACCUGCCAUCACCAGGAGGUGGCCUUAAUGUUCCCGAAUAUCCAUGGAUGAAAGAGAAAAAAACGACGCGAAAAAGCAGCCAACAAGAAAAUGGUUUACCAAGAAGACUACGAACGGCGUACACCAACACUCAGUUGUUAGAGUUAGAAAAAGAGUUCCAUUUUAACAAGUACCUGUGCAGACCAAGAAGAAUUGAAAUCGCGGCAUCCCUCGACCUUACAGAAAGACAGGUCAAGGUCUGGUUUCAAAAUAGGCGCAUGAAACACAAAAGGCAAACGUUAAGCAAAAGUGAAGAUGGCGAUGACAAAGAUUCUACAACGUCCGAAGGAGGUAAAAGUUCCAAGACGGGGCUGGAGAAGUUUCUCGAUGAUGAUGGGCCCCUUUCAGGAAAAAAGAGUUGUCAAGGUUGUGAACUACCGCCGGGCGCUUUAUGUUCACCAACUGAGGAUCUCCCUGAACUCACAUCACGAACACGUAACAAUAACACACCAAGCGCAACAAACAACAACAGCUUUGCUAGUGAUGGUGCCUCAAGUGUUGCAUCAUCUUCUUCUCUGGACAAGUUAGAAGAUGACUCAAGAGAAGCUCCUUCAUCUAAUACUAUCUCAGCAGCGCCUAGAAAUCUAGCAAAAAGAAUCAAACAAGAAUCAAGAAAACGUUCCCCAUCGUUAGAUGCAACUUGCAAAGUUUCACCGUCUUCUUCAAAAGAAGUUAUUGUUGGAGUAGCUGGGUUAACAGAUGGUGGUAAAUUUUCUUCAGUAAACUUGACACCAUCAUCUACUCCAGGAACACCAUCGAGUAUACAUCAGAGUCCCCUUGGAUUGUAUCCACGACCCUCGCCACCACAUACAACAUCAGGCCCGCCACUUCCACAAGCUGUACCCAAUGCCAUACCUCCAUAUGUUAUAAGAGGAAAUGCUCCACCAGGUCAAUUCGUUCCGCACCCAGAUUUUCGUAUGGACACCAAACAAUUUGUCGGCAAACUAGCACAAUACCCGCAAAACAAUAGAUCAUACGAAGCUUAUGGGUCAGCAUUGCAGGGCGAUCAACAUGUAUACACGCGAAAUCAACAACAUUCGAGACAAUCAGAUGGGUCUUCGAGCGCUAGAACAGCAAAUGGAAUAGGAUCGAGGCAGUCUUACCCACAUGAAAUGUAUCAAAACUAUGGCUAUACAAACUAUGGAAAGGAUCAAGUUGCAUACGGCCAUCCUGGUUACGAUCAAACCCAAGGAUAUCCAGGGGAUCAUAUGGCUUAUCCGAAUAGCCAUUAUGGAUAUCAUUAUCACGAAAGUGGACAACACGAUCAUACUCAUGGCUAUUACAACGAUGGACAAAAAGGAAAUGUACAUAGCACCGAUUAUACAAAAAAUACUUAUUACGAUGCGAGCUCGUAUAACCAACAUGGCCCUACGACUGCUCCCGCAGGAUACACUGCGGGUGCUACGGCACCUGCAUCUGGCGAAGCGUACAGUGCAGGUGAAUGUGUCGACGGCUACGGAUCAUUCCAGCAAUUUUAUGAAGCUACACAUAACACGCCUACCACAGGAGAAAAUUCAAACUCUUCGUCUGAUUUUCAUUUCCUAAGCAACCUAGCGAACGAUUUUGCUCCUGAAUACUACACCAUU